AUGUCGUCGACGCUACUCGAGGUGACGCGUGCCUCGCACGAGGAGGUCGAGCGGCUGGAGAGACUCAUCGUCAAGGAUCUACAGUCGGAACCUCCCACCGCCAGAGACCGCCUCUACCAUAACCACCGCGUCCGUCACAUGAUCGACCAAAUCACGGAGACCACUCAUAAGCUGAUUGAGAUUUACGAAGAUAAAGACAGUGCGAGGAAGGAUGAGAUUGCUGCUCUUGGAGGACAGACUGCCGCAGGAACUAAUGUAUUCAGUGCAUUCUAUGAUAGAUUAAAAGAGAUUCGUGAGUAUCAUCGACGGCAUCCUGCUGCACGUGUGGUUGAUGUGAAUGAGGAGCAUGAACAGCUACUUAAGGAGGAACCACAAGUUGAAUUUAGUGGAGAGGAGGCCAUGGGGCGAUACCUUGAUUUGCAUGAGUUGUACAAUGAUUAUAUUAAUUCAAAAUUUGGAGAGCCCAUGGAAUACAUCGCUUAUCUUGAUGUUUUUUCUAAACCACAUAAAAUUACGCGCAGGCUCAAGUUUAUGAGGCAAUACCGGGAAUAUCUGCAGAAACUUUUGGAGUAUUUGGUUUAUUUUAUUGAGAGAACGCAGCCUCUGAAAGAUAUUGACAGAAUGUUCUCAAAGAUUACUGCAGAAUUUGAAGAGGAAUGGGCAAAUGGCAGGGUAGAAGGCUGGGUGAAUGGAACUCAAGAAAAUGGUCAUACUACAGCUGAGCAUACUGUGAUUGAUCUGGAUUAUUACUCCACUGUUGAAGAGCUGAUGGAAGUCGGACCUGAAAAGUUGAAGGAGGGUUUGGCUGCACUGGGUCUAAAGACCGGAGGUACAGUUCAGCAGCGGGCAGAGAGGCUUUUCCUGACUAAGCAUACACCUCUUGAGAAGCUGGACAAGAAACAUUUUGCAAAAGGUCAUCGUACAUCCGAACAGAAUGGUUCUGUUCCUGCUCCACAGCUGGGUGAAGAUGCGAAAGAGGUGGCACUGAUGGAAGCUAAAGUAGAAAAGCUUUGUGACUCGUUGGACGACAUAAUUACACGGACAAAAGAAAAUGUUGAGAAAAAGCAAGCUUUGACUUAUGAGGAAAUAGAAGCAGAACGCAAAGAGGAAGAUGUACAACCAGAAUCUGAAAGUGACGACGAGGAUCAACAAAUAUAUAAUCCCCUUAAGUUGCCUAUGGGAUGGGAUGGAAAACCUAUUCCAUACUGGUUAUAUAAGCUUCAUGGGUUGGGUCAGGAAUUUAAAUGUGAGAUUUGCGGAAAUUACAGUUACUGGGGUCGGAGGGCAUAUGAAAGACACUUCAAGGAAUGGAGACAUCAGCAUGGGAUGAGAUGCCUUGGUAUUCCAAAUACAAAAAAUUUCAAUGAGAUCACAUCAAUUGAGGAAGCUAAGCAACUUUGGGAGAGAAUUCAGGAACGACAGGGAUUAAACAAGUGGCGCCCUGACCUUGAAGAAGAGUACGAAGAUCAAGAGGGUAACAUUUACAACAAAAAGACUUACACUGAUCUGCAACGCCAAGGUCUUAUUUAG